AUAAUACACUGCUAACCAUCUUAAAAGUUAGAUCCUUGGAUUUUGAACUCUGAUGUUGAUUAGUUAUAUUGAUUAUCUGCUAGACGGUUAUAUUUUAUAAAGAUUACAGUUAGUUUUCUUCCUCUUUAUCUCCCCGUCAUCCCUCCCCGUCAUCCCUCCCCGCCAUUUCCAUGAAAUAUGUUAUCCAGUCGUUUCAGUUUCUCCCUCUGCCUCGCAGGCGGGUAUAGUUACUUCAUUCCUCUUCCUCUUUCUUUCUAACGAGAUGGUGCUCAUCAAUAACCUUUUACAAUAGCUUCAUCUAUGGCCGCAGCAAGAGUUUGGAUUAAACCCACCUCUAAUUUUAGACCAUCCUUCACAACAAUGAAAUGUAUUGAUUGGAUUGAUAAAACCAAUAAUGUAGUUCGAGUCAGUGGUGUUGGUGCGACAAACUCUCAUUCAUUUGAUCAGACUACACUCCAUAUGGAACAAGGUAAAUCAAAGAGGAUUCAGUUAAUGAAUUUCAUGGAAGAGCGUGGAGUUCGUUCCAACUAUCAAAAUUAUCUUUGGUUAUUAGAAGGGUGCUUGACUUCUGGGUCACUGUUUGAAACUAUGAGGCUCCACUGCAGGAUUUCGAAAUCGGGUUUUGAUGGAGAACCGUUACUAAUCGAUAGUCUUGUUGAUAAUUAUUUUCGACAUGGGGAUCAACAUGGGGCAGUGAAGGUGUUUGAUGAAAAUUCCAACAGAAGUGUAUUCUCUUGGAAUAAAAUGAUUCAUGUCUUUGUUGCGCAGAAGUCGAAUUUCCAGGUGUUUUGUCUCUUCCGAAGAAUGUUAGCAGAAGGAAUUACUCCCAAUGGAUACACUUUUGCUGGGGUUUUAAAGGCUUGUGUUGGUGGCGACAUUGCGUUCAACUAUGUAAAACAGGUACAUUCUAGGACAUUCUAUUAUGGUUUUGAUAGUAGUCCACUUGUUGCUAAUCUUUUGAUUGAUUUGUAUUCGAAGAAUGGGUACAUCGAGUCAGCUAAAAAAGUAUUCAAUUGCAUAUGUAUGAAGGAUAUUGUUACUUGGGUAGCUAUGAUCUCAGGUUUGUCUCAAAAUGGACUUGAAGAAGAGGCCAUUCUCCUUUUCUGUGACAUGCAUGCAUCAGAAAUCUUUCCUACUCCUUAUGUACUGUCAAGUGUGUUAAGUGCUUCAACCAAGAUACAAUUAUUUGAAUUGGGAGAGCAGCUUCACUGUCUAGUUAUUAAGUGGGGAUUUCAUUCGGAAACAUAUGUAUGUAAUGGUCUUGUGGCAUUGUACUCCCGUUCCAGGAAAUUGAUUUCUGCCGAGCGGAUAUUCAGCACAAUGAAUUCUAGGGAUGGGGUUUCAUAUAAUUCACUAAUAUCAGGCCUAGUUCAGCAAGGAUUUAGUGACAGGGCACUGGAGUUGUUUACUAAAAUGCAACGAGAUUGUUUGAAACCAGACUGUAUUACGGUUGCUAGUCUGUUGAGUGCUUGUGCGUCAGUCGGGGCUCUUCACAAGGGAAUGCAAUUACACUCACAUGCGAUAAAAGCUGGAAUGUCUGCAGACAUUAUUCUUGAAGGUUCUCUACUUGAUCUUUAUUCAAAGUGCGCUGAUGUUGAGACGGCCCAUAAAUUUUUUCUUACCACAGAGACAGAAAACAUAGUAUUGUGGAAUGUGAUGCUAGUUGCUUAUGGACAAUUGGAUAAUCUUAGUGAUUCAUUUGAAAUAUUUAGACAGAUGCAAAUGGAGGGCAUGAUACCCAAUCAGUUCACCUACCCAAGUAUCUUGAGAACUUGUACUUCUUUGGGAGCCUUGUAUUUAGGAGAGCAAAUCCAUACCCAUGUUAUCAAGACUGGGUUUCAGUUGAAUGUCUAUGUUUGUAGUGUGCUUAUAGAUAUGUAUGCUAAAUAUGGACAAUUAGCGCUUGCUCUUAGAAUCCUGAGACGGCUGCCAGAGGACGAUGUUGUCUCCUGGACAGCUAUGAUUGCUGGUUAUGUGCAACAUGAUAUGUUUUCUGAAGCACUUCAACUUUUUGAAGAAAUGGAAUAUCGAGGAAUUCAAUUCGACAAUAUUGGAUUUGCCAGUGCCAUUAGUGCAUGCGCAGGUAUCCGGGCACUCCGUCAAGGCCAACAAAUUCAUGCCCAGUCAUAUGCGGCUGGAUUUGGAGCCGAUCUUUCGAUCAACAACGCUCUAAUUAGUCUAUAUGCCAGAUGUGGUAGAAUUCAGGAAGCCUAUUUAGCAUUUGAGAAAAUUGGUGAUAAAAAUAAUAUUUCUUGGAAUUCGUUGGUUUCAGGAUUGGCGCAGAGUGGGUAUUUUGAAGAAGCAUUGCAGGUAUUUGUUCGAAUGUUAAGGACCGAAGCAGAAGUUAAUAUGUUCACAUAUGGAUCUGCAAUUAGUGCUGCAGCCAGUCUUGCAAAUAUAAAGCAAGGGCAGCAAAUCCAUUCCAUGGUUUUGAAAACCGGAUACGAUUCUGAGAGGGAAGUUUCUAAUUCCUUAAUUUCAUUGUAUGCAAAAUCUGGUAGCAUAAGUGAUGCCUGGAGAGAAUUCAAUGAUAUGUCAGAAAGAAAUGUGAUUUCUUGGAAUGCCAUGAUUACUGGCUAUUCCCAGCAUGGAUGCGGUAUGGAAGCACUUCGUCUUUUUGAAGAGAUGAAGGUGUGCGGAAUCAUGCCAAAUCAUGUUACUUUUGUAGGAGUUUUGUCGGCAUGCAGCCAUAUCGGUCUUGUAAAAGAAGGGCUUGAUUAUUUCGAAUCCAUGUUUAAAAUACAUGAUUUGGUUCCUAAAUCUGAACAUUAUGUGUGUGUAGUGGAUCUCCUUGGUCGGGCUGGUCAGUUGGACCGUGCAAUGGAAUACAUAAAAGAGAUGCCUAUCCCUGCAGAUGCGAUGAUAUGGAGAACGCUUUUAAGUGCUUGUGUUAUCCACAAGAAUAUUGAAAUAGGAGAGCGUGCUGCACAUCAUCUCCUAGAAUUGGAACCUGAAGACUCGGCGACCUAUGUGCUAAUAUCAAAUAUAUAUGCUGUUUCUAGACAAUGGAUUCACAGGGAUUGGUCGAGGAAAUUGAUGAAAGAUCGGGGGGUAAAGAAAGAGCCUGGUCGUAGUUGGAUUGAAGUUAAGAAUGCAGUCCAUGCAUUCUAUGCUGGGGAUAAGCUCCAUCCACUGACAAAUCAGAUUUACGAGUAUAUAGGGCAUUUAAAUAGACGAACAUCUGAAAUUGGAUAUGUGCAAGAUAGUUUCAGUCUUUUGAAUGAGUCAGAGCAAGGCCAGAAGGAUCCAAUAACGCAUGUUCACAGUGAGAAAUUAGCAAUUGCUUUUGGACUACUGAGCUUGGGUAAUAAUAUUCCCAUACGAGUAAUGAAGAAUCUUCGUGUCUGUAAUGAUUGUCAUAAUUGGAUAAAAUACGUAUCGAAGAUUUCAAACCGCUCGAUUAUAGUGAGGGAUGCCCAUCGCUUUCAUCAUUUUGAUGGCGGAGUCUGCUCAUGUAAAGAUUUUUGGUAACUGCUUGUAAGAAUACUCAUCUGUUUGAUUCUCUACUUCCAUGGUUGGGUGAUUGUACGACCCUAAAGCUUCCUGGUGUCAACGAACGCAUACCCAUUGGUCAUACCUUGGAAGAAUGUCUUGGGGAAAAUGCUUGUUUGUACCGCAUUUUUUAAGACAGAUUGGAAAUGUUUUCAGCUUUUACAGAAAUGGAUUGGUAAAGGCUGAGAAGAUGAAAACUUGGACCUCGAUUCAAUCUGGACAGGAAAAUCUUAUGCAGUUGGGUAACAUGCACCGUUUAGUUGCUUAAGGGCAGCCAUAGGGAGGCGGAUUACAAGUCUUCAAAAAUUCUUUUGGCUGCAGUACUAGGAUCACGCAGUAUGGUCUCGGGGAUUGUUUUUGUUUCAAGCAAAUCAGCAAAUGCUUCCUCUUUCUUUCUAAAUUUCACAGAUUUUCAAACGUUGGAUCCAAACGUUGGAUUGGGAUCCCAAAUCAGUGGUCUCAGCACUCAAUUGCUCGAAUUGAAGUCGGGUAUUCUGCAAGCCUUUCCUUCAAUCACAUCAUCUUAACCAAAUCACUUUAAUCAAAGACAAUCAAACUUCUUCAUUGGGGUAAACUUUGUUUCACUCCAAUGGUAGUCUAUGUGAUCAACGCUACUGAUUUUCCAGUGAUGAAGAGGAUUCCCAUAUUUUCCAGUCAUCAACACUUCAGAUUUUCCAAUGAGGUAAACUUGUUCAUUUGUUAGAACUUAGAAGCACACCAUGCAUGUUUGAGGAUAGUUCAGUGGUGACUGGUUCUAGAAAAACUUGUGUUUACUGUUCAGAUUAAUCCUGCUGCUACAGGGAAGUGGAUUCACAAACACACUUCUGAUCUCUCAUCUUCAGGCUAAUAAGCUAUGAAGAGCAUAGUGUUUGGAGAAUUUUUCACAGUAAAUUAUUGAUCAUUGACUAAUGUAAAUUCUGUAUAGAUUUUUUUCCCUGGUUUUGGGAUUGCUGAAUUGAGUUAUAAAGUCAAGAGUUAAUACAUCGGAGUUAAGGUAGAGUUGUAAAAAUUAUGUUCUUCGAUUAAUACGCAAAUUUAGUGAACAUUAUUGAAAUUAGUGAACUUGAGUUAUUUAACACAAAA